UCUCUUUCCUCUUUCUCUUUCUCUUUCCACUUUCUCUCACUUUCUCGAGAAAGAUAAAAGGAAACAGAAACAGGAAGAGAUAACAGAGAGGGGGAGGUAGUGAGGCAUGGCCAGGGAACAAUUGCAGGUGCUCAACGCACUGGACGUAGCAAAAACACAAUGGUAUCAUUUCACUGCAAUCAUCAUUGCUGGAAUGGGGUUCUUCACUGAUGCCUAUGAUCUCUUCUGCAUAUCCCUCGUCACGAAACUGCUCGGUCGCCUAUACUACCAUGUGGAUGGUGCAGCCAAGCCUGGGACGCUUCCUCCUAAUGUGUCUGCUGCUGUUAAUGGGGUGGCCUUAUUUGGAACUCUUGCUGGCCAGCUAUUCUUUGGCUGGCUUGGGGACAAAAUGGGCCGGAAGCGGGUCUAUGGCAUGACUCUUAUGCUCAUGGUUAUAUGCUCUGUUGCUUCGGGGCUUUCCUUUGGCAGUAGCCCAAAAGCUGUUAUGAGCACUCUAUGCUUCUUCCGGUUCUGGCUUGGGUUUGGGAUUGGUGGUGAUUACCCUCUUUCAGCCACCAUCAUGUCUGAAUAUGCUAAUAAGAAGACUCGUGGUGCCUUCAUUGCUGCUGUCUUUGCCAUGCAAGGCUUUGGGAUUUUGGCUGGCGGUUUGUUUGCAAUUAUAGUCUCGACCGCAUUCAAGGCCAAGUUCAGUGCCCCUGCUUAUGAGGUUGAUGCAAUUGCCUCAACUGUGCCGCAGGCUGAUUAUGUUUGGAGGAUCAUUCUAAUGGUUGGAGCACUUCCUGCUGCCCUCACUUAUUACUCGAGGACGAAAAUGCCAGAAACUGCUAGAUACACUGCUCUGGUUGCUAAGAAUGCUAAAAAGGCUGCUUCAGAUAUGUCAAAGGUUUUGCAGGUGGACAUUGAGGCAGAACCUCAAAAGGUUGAGGAGGUGACCAAAGCGUAUGGUUUAUUCUCCAAGGAGUUUGUUCGUCGCCAUGGGGUUCACUUGUUCGGGACUGCAAGCACAUGGUUCUUGCUUGACAUUGCAUUCUACAGUCAAAAUCUGUUCCAGAAGGACAUCUUCAGCGCAAUUGGGUGGAUUCCUCCAGCAAAGACUAUGAAUGCCAUUGAUGAAGUAUACAAAAUUGCAAAGGCGCAAACGCUUAUUGCUCUAUGCAGUACUGUCCCAGGGUACUGGUUUACAGUGGCUUUCAUCGACCGUAUGGGAAGAUUUGCUAUUCAGUUGAUGGGCUUCUUCUUCAUGACAGUGUUCAUGUUUGCACUGGCCUUUCCGUACGACCACUGGACUCGUAAGGACAACAGAAUCGGGUUCGUGGUAAUGUACUCAUUGACCUUCUUCUUUGCAAAUUUUGGACCCAAUGCCACUACAUUUGUGGUGCCAGCUGAGAUCUUCCCAGCAAGGUUCAGGUCAACAUGCCACGGCAUAUCAGCAGCAUCUGGGAAGGCUGGGGCAAUUGUGGGUGCAUUUGGGUUCUUGUAUUUGGCUCAGAGUAAGGACAAGGCCAAGGCAGAUGCAGGGUACCCAGCAGGCAUAGGUGUGAAGAAUGCACUCCUUGUAUUGGGUGGUAUCAACCUUUUAGGAUUCGUCUUCACCUUCAUGGUGCCUGAGUCAAAAGGAAAAUCAUUGGAAGAGAUGUCUGGCGAGAAUGAGGAUAAUAAUGAGCAAGCAAAUGCCAGUGUAUAAGGGCUUAUCAAUCUCUUAGCAUCAUGUUGUGCGUAUCUUUCUUGUUUUCCAUUUCAGAGCUCCUACUGUUUCUUGGAUUUUCUUUCAAAGUCACUGGUGUGAUUUCCUUUGGAUUGUAAACAACUGUCCAUUUGAAUCCCUUUUUAAUGGUGACUUCCAAGCUAUGCUUUUUAAUGGUGUA